AGCCGAGCAGGAAACCUCCCUGUUAUCUCAAUAAACCAGUGACCAUCGCCGCUCAGUGCGCCACACACCAGGCCAUUGUUAGUUAGCAGAACAGGAAAGCGUUUCAACUUAUCUGAAUAAGACACUGCUCCGCGCAGGUCGAGGUAUCCGGGCCUCGGUAAAACUUAGUAUACCGCUGGAAGUCACGACUCUCUCGGUAAACGCAUCCUCUCAGUACCAGAAAUGUAUAAAGAUGCUCAUUCGGUGCAAGGUAGUCAUCACUCGAGAUCAUGCAAGAAACCUCUUCAGCUUCGCUCCUCACUAACGCUCUGAUCCACCCCGAGGGUCAGAACGCAAGCUCCAACCCACAACAUGGCAUACGCUUCUUUGACCUCACAGGUGUGGAGCAAGAAAAUGUACUUUUAACACCGUUGAACUACGGUUUUUUUGAUGAGACGAGCGGUAAUCCUUACCUACAGCACGGUGUUCACCAGGCUCAGCCGCAAAGAACCCGGCCAGAGAGCAAACUUACACUGAAAAACCGCCCGUCCCGAAGCAAAACCCGCCAGGACUUUGCCUCGCAAAAUACGUCUACCCCUAAACAAGAAACAGAUAAAGUCAUUGAUCUGCGUACACCACCGCCGGUUCGCCAACCUCUCUUCCUCCACUCAGCGGUAGCGGGCAUUCAACCUCGCCAGCUGUUUGUAGCACAAACACCCACCCUGCAAAACAACCAAGUCCAAACGGAUGUACCACAAGCAACGAUUCCACCAGCAAACCAUACCCAUCUCACACUGAGCGUUGAAACUUCAGUUCAGACGGUUCAAGACCAGCGGGAGACUACAUCAUACGAAGCAGCCCUCCUGAGGGAAAACGGUGCUGAAGGUGCAGAGAUACAACCCCCUAACGCACCUCAAACUGAUCUGCCAGCAACCUCUUCAGACGCCCGUGAUACGAUCCGGAGAAGACGAUCCUUAAGAAAGAGGAAAAGACCCAGUCUCAUUACACUAAGUUCUACCCUCAAGAUAGUCCAGAGAGUGAUUCCGAAGCUCGAGACAAAAGUGAUUACGAUUCGAAGGCUUGCAACGGAAGCUGCAUCGAUUAUUCAACAAAUUCCAUACUGCGGCCGCAGAGGAACCUACUACAGUCGGAGAGCUGAGGAGCUUCUGAGAAACUGCAUCUUUCUCCUGAAAGAAAGCGCCAAGAUCUCAUUGCUACAGUAGAGUUAACCUUUUAAAUUGUGACCUCUGUUAAAAUGGGUAGCCAGCAACUGAGAAAUGCAUUGAAUGAAAUUGUUGAAGCUGUGAAUGAACUCCGUAAUCUCCCUGUACACCCUGCAACCGAAUUUCUCAAUCUAACCCCAAAUUCCCCAGUCAGAACUCAGGGUCCAGAUUUGGACCUUGAAUGUUUACUAUCUGUAGAACGAGCCAUCGAACGAUUAAACGAUUCUUUCUCUCAACCAUACUCGCCUGAAAAUAAUUCCUUAGAGUUUCAACAGCAAGUUACAAACGCUUUACAUGAAAUCACACAAAUGGUUAAUGACCUUCAAAAUCUUCCUGUCCGGCAUAUGCCUGGUUCUUUCAAUGUAGCUCCACAUUCA